CAUUUCCAAGUGCCCUCUGGCCAGACCAGACCGACCACGCAAAGGCUUCCUUGCGUUGCCUUGCAUUCGCCACAACUUAGGGUUGUCAACUCAAAAACUCUUCCUCAAUCCUCAAUUCCCAAUUCCCAAUUCCCGAUUCCAAUUCCCGAUCCUCAAUCUCUACCUUCCAUGGACAAACCCCACGAUCCCCCUUUCGAUUUCUACAAACAUCAUCUUCAACCCGAUGACCCUCGUCCGCCGCCUCCAGACGCCUCCGUUUCACCCAAUUCUCUUCCCCCUCCUGACCUGAUGGACCUCGAUCAUUCCCGACUCGUUGGUGUUCCCGUCGCUGGACCUAUCCUUCCUCUUGAUUCUUCACCUGCUCCUAACUUUAAUGCUAAAUUGAAGGACAAGGUUGUUGUUGUCGAGAAGAGUUCCGGGAUUCGCCGACGAGGUCGUCCUCCUCGUGGUCAAGUUAAGCUCCCGCCGCCACCGCCUAGACAGAAGAAGGAUGAGGAGGAUGUGUGUUUUAUAUGCUUUGAUGGUGGGAGCCUUGUUCUCUGUGAUCGACGAGGGUGUCCGAAGGCUUAUCAUCCAUCAUGCAUCAAGCGAGAUGAGUCAUUCUUUCGAUCGAAGGCUAAAUGGAAUUGUGGAUGGCACAUAUGCACAAGUUGCCAGAAGGCUUCCUAUUAUAUGUGCUAUACAUGCCCAUUUUCUCUGUGCAAGGGAUGCAUUAGAGGUGCUGAUUACCAGUGUGUUAGGGGAAGCAAAGGAUUCUGUGGAACUUGUAUGAAAAUAAUAAUGCUAAUUGAGAAAAGCACACCUGAUGGAGAAUCGGUCCAAGUUGAUUUUGAUGAUAAAAGUAGCUGGGAGUAUCUUUUUAAAGUGUAUUGGAUUUAUUUGAAAGAAAAGCUCUCUUUAACUGUGGAUGAGCUCAUUCGAGCUAAGAAUUCAUGGAAAGGAAGCACUAUCAUGGACCAUAAGGUGGCUCCUAGUGAGCUUCUCGAUGGCAGUAUUGAUAAAAGCCAUGGGGCUCAUGCUUCGUAUAGAAGCCCAAAAUCACAGAGGAAAAGGCCUAACAGGCAACAAAAUGCUCCAAAUAAAUUUGGUUCCUUAGUGGACAGGCCAAGUAGUAAUGAGCAAAUUUCUGGAAGCACAAAAUGGGCAACUACAGAGCUCAUGGACUUGGUUGCACAUAUGAGAAAUGGUGACACAACCAGGCUUUCACCAUUGGAUGUACAAGCUUUACUGCUGGAGUAUGUAAAGAAAAAUAAUCUUCGUGAUCCUCAACAGCAAAGCCAAAUUAUUUGUGAUUUCAGGCUUACCAAUCUAUUUGGAAAAUCACGGAUAGGUCACUUUGAGAUGCUAAAUCUUCUUCAAUCUCACGUCCACAGAAAAGAAACUGCAGCUGAUAAUGUAACCUGUUCAGGAGCUGGUGUAGUGAUCGAUCCAGUUGAAAGCAAAGAGAAGUGUGAUUGUGAAGUAGUGGAUGAUUGUGAAAGAAAGCGUAAAACACGCAAGAAAGCUGAUGAGAGUAGUCAGCAAUUACAUGCAAUUGCAGAUGAAUAUGCCGCAAUUGACAUUCAAAACAUUAACUUGAUUUACUUGCGUCGUGAUCUGAUAGUGAGCCUUAUUGAUGAUGACAAAAAAUUUAAUGACACGGUUGUAGGCUCUAUUGUGAGAAUACAGAUUCCAAAUAAUGAUGAAAAGCAUGAUUUUCAUAGGCUUGUCCAAGUUGUAGGCAUAAGCAAGAUCUCUACACCAUACACAGUCAGUGAGAAAACAAUUGAUGUCAUGCUUGAUAUAUUGAACUUGGACAAGAGAGAGUCCGUGUCUAUUCAGGGGAUUUCUAACCAAGAAUUUACUGAGGAAGAAUGUAGGCGCCUACGCCGGAGCAUAAAGUGUGGGCUUGUCAAACGAUUCAGUGUUAGUGAAAUUCUGGACAAAGGAAGGGAACUUCAUGCAUUGAAGAUUAAUGAUCUGCUCCGAAAAGAGAUCUCUCGACUCACUCACCUCCACGAUCAAGCUAGUGAGAAGGGCAACGUGGAUGAACUAAGAGAUUUUGCGGAGAGGUUACAUCGGCUGAAAUCACCUGAAGAACAUCAGCGUAGGCUUCUUGAAAUUCUUGAAGUACGUUCUGAUCCAACUAUGGAUCCAAGUUAUGAGUCUGAAGAAGAUAAAGAUGAAUCAAACAAGAAAAGACAAGGAAGUCUCAAGAGAUCUAGAAAUUGUGACUUUGAUGAAAAAGAGGUGGAGCUUGUCUCACCACGAAGAGGAACCAAUUCAAACGUUAGUGGAAGUGAUGUACAGCAAAAUUCAACUAGUACUUCAGAGCAGAGUAGAAAUAUUAGCUUACUUACUCACGUAAAUAAGGGUGGUGACUGCUUGCCCAGUGACAGGACCUGUGAAACGUUGUGGGCAGGAAGAGGUCUUGUACCAAAUAAUUGGAAUGUACCUAGCCAGGCUAAAACUGCCACUCCUUUGUCCUCUGAUGGGAAUUAUCAAGUGGUCUUACCUGAAGCCUUAAUUCCGCCACUUUCUAUUGGGUUAGGAUGUUCUUCUAAUGAUGCCGAAGUGGAAAGGAUAUGGCAAUACCAGGAUCCGACUGGAAAAGUUCAGGGUCCAUUUUCUAUGACGCAGUUACGCAAUUGGAACAAUAGUGGACACUUCACUCCUGAUCUUAGAGUAUGGAGGAUAACUGAAUCACAAAAUGACUCUGUACUGUUAACCAACGCGUUAAAUGGAUGUUAUAACAAAGCAUCUUCCAUUUGGCACACCAAUCAUCUUCUGAGUCUAGGACGAGGAAAUGGACUUUCUUUGGGUGGUUCAGAUAAUCAUCAUAAUGGUCAAAGUAAUGGAGGUACUGAUUCUGGUAUGAAUUCUGUUCGGUUUGAUGUGGAUUCUAUCAGGAAUAGCAACUCUGAGCAGAAAGAUCAUAUUGCCGUUUGUGAUACUGAAAAUGAGCCCAUGAUGAGCACUGGUUCAAGUUCACCUUCUAAAGAUAUGUGUGCACCUGCAGAUACUGUCAACUCUAUUCAGUCUCCAGGUAGGAACCUUGACGAGUCAUUGAAGAACAAUAAUUCAUGGUCCUACCCAUCCCUCAUGAAUUUACUUUCAUCAGCUACAUUAUCUUUACAACCACCGGUGACUGACGUCCAUCAGGCCAAGGAAAACCACAGCCCCAAUAACGAGGAUCAGAAUUCACAGACCAUUACUUUGGGAGGAAUUCAUAAUCAAACCGGUCGCAAGAAACGGUCUAGUAGUGAGGAUUGUUCUAGUCAAUCUUCAGGACAAAACUGGAUCGCUCCACCUGCAGCAGAUGCUUCCUCUCGUGAAUGGAACUCUAAUUAUAGCGGUCUUUCUUUGAUGGGUUCAUUCAAGCCAUCAGAGAAACUUCGAGAAACUUUACCUGAUAUUCCUCAUUCUGACCUGAAACCGAUGACUGGAGAUGUUGAAAUUAAACAAUCUGCAUCUUCAAGUGUUCUUGUUCAGAAUUCUGGCCUUAGCUGGAAUAGUGCCUCAAGUUUACCGGGUGGACGACAGCUUCCUAGUCAUGUAGCAACGGGUGCUUGGGGGGGUGGGUAUUUGGCUGCACCUGCACCAGGUAGAGCUAUUGAGGACUUGAACUCCACUUUCAUAGCUGCAUCUGGUAUGAAAUCAUCUGAUAUAAUCGACGAUCACGAGACAACUGGGGGUACAAUAAAUUGGGCAAUUGAUGAUGAACCCGAUGACUUCAACUCCUUGGUUGAUGAAUCUGUCUCAGAUUUGUUAGCAGAAGUCGAAGCAAUGGAAUGCUUGAGUGGUUUGGCUUCCUCAGCGUCGAUGAUGAAUUGUAGCGAGGGAUUAAAUCGGGAUUCUAAAAGUGAUUGUUUUUUCUCGGUAGACGGUUUCAAUCCAGCAGCUGAGAUGGGGAAGGUGGAUGCAUUGAGCUCCACAGCCAAUUUGCAGUUUCCAUGUCACAUCAGAGUGAAAGAUGAGCAACCUUGAACUGCAGAAACAUCGACGAUUCUUCAAUUGGUAAUCAAGUCGAGGGAUGAGAAUCCUUGUAAUAUAUCACCGAACCAAUCUGAAACUUUGACAAACAAAACCUACGGGAAUUUCCCCAGAACUUUGGCUUAUGCAGGAGUAUUGUGGAAAUAAAGAUCGGCAAUGAUUACAAAUCCAAAGCUCGACGGACAUUUCUACAACAAAUCCUGUAAUGGCCCAAUGAGCAAUUGUUUUAACACGUCUAGUUCGAGAAAUCAAGAUUCAGUGUAGUUGUAGAUCCCCCUGUGGAACAGCCAGCAAGCGCCAUUCAGAGGCGGAAAUAGAUGGUCUUCUCCUGGGCCGCCACCCAAAGGGCAGCGGAGUCUGUAAAUAUAUAUUAUGGAGGAAAUGGUAAUAUGCAAUAGAGGGAGGUCCAUGCAUUUUUUUAGCAUCUGUAGUAGAUAGUUCCAUUGCUAUACACUGCACAUCUGGUUUUUACAUUCAUUAUUCGGACCAGUAAAUUGCUGUUUAACAUUGUUGUAAUUUUAACACGAGAACUUGCACAAUUAGAAGGCCUGUGGAAUAAUAUGCAUAUCAAUAAUACCUGAUUGUUUAGACUUUA